AUGGCGGCUAGCGACAUUUCUUAUCAUCAACUGACUGAAUACCAUCCCCUAGUCAGUUUACAUCCGGCAAAAGCACCCGCGCACUUCGUGGCCCUAUCCCAAAAGGCCAUUGAGAGGCAGUCGAUCGGAAUUGUAGCCCUCGGGCGCGGCUUUUACCAGCUCGACAGACUGGCGAGCGGCGAGAUUGCGAGGCGCCAAUCGAUUCCGCAACUUUCGCCUCCGCCUCACGUCUGGGCAGGA